CAGUCAGAUUGCAACAAUCGCAAUCAUAGCCUCUUCUCUGUGUCCCGUAGCUCAUAAUUACAUCAUGAGCAAUAGCAGCCUCUAGUUGCCUCCACUCUGCUUUGGCCCCUCAUAUUUGUGGUAAAGAGGGCUGAAAUUUAGGAGAACUAAUUGGCUUUAGCUUCCACAUUUGUCUGUCUAGGGGAUUCUUUAUUAGAUUGUAGAUGAAAGCUAAGGAGAGCCUGUAAGAGGGUCAUGUUCAAAAGUGUAUUUGAUUCGAUUUGAUCCGGUUUUGUUAAAAACAAAAUGGUUCUCGAUUUUAAGAUGUGUCAGAAUCGGAUUACAUUUGUUCCGAUAGGAUUCGAUUCAAAUAUUGAUUACUAACUGAUUCGGUCUGGUGUUGGACGGAAUUGUUGCCCCUUUGUGAUUUGGUAAUGGAUACACUCGUGUUGAUUAAAAUCUUGGAUUCAAAGUUUUGUGGAUAUAGUUGUUUUGCUUAAUCAGAUUUCAACAUGCCGACUCAAACUAGAUUGUCAUCAUUUAUUGGCCUCUGUAUUUAACUAUUUGGUCCCCUCCAUAGUCUGUUGUCUACCAGACUACCACUACCCUCUUUCUCAUUCCACCACCACCUCCAUUACCUACUCCGCUGCCAAUUCUACCAUCUAUAACCAAAGGAACUAACAACCCAGAAAAGAAGAAAAAUAGAAUACUCAAAACAACAAGAUUAGAAUAGAGAAGAAUCUUGCACGAGUCACCAUCCUAAUCAUCAUUUGAUCUUCAAUCACGUCAUUAUAUCUACACACAUCAACUCCACUCCCUUCAUAGCCUUUUUUUUUUCUCCCUCUUGUCUAACUUACCCUCACUAGUGACUAUAUAUAAAAUCAGUGUCCUUCUCUGAAACAUGAGACCCAUCUAGUUAGAUAGAUAGGUGGAGGGAUAGCUGCUGUAGUUGACAUCUACUAUUGGGUAUUGUGAUGAUGAUGGAGAAGAGCAAAUCUUUUUCAGGUUACUCGGCGAUGAGGAGGGCGGAAUUCGAGGACAAUUCGAAAUCCUACAGCUUCAACGGCCCAAUGAAUCCUGGUUCAGGUGAGAAGGCUGGUGAUUUUGUGAGUGAGAAUCCAGAGCUGAAGAGGAGGAAGAGGGUGGCUCAGUACAACAUCUACUCCAAGGAAGGUAAGCUCAAAUCUUCUCUCAGAAACAGCUUCAAGUGGAUCAAGAGCAAGUUUGUUGAUGACUACUUCCAGGAUUGAAAAGUAGUUUGGUGUGCGUGUCGAUGUCUUCUUCUUCUUCCUCUGUUUUUACCCCCUUUUGUCCAUCACAAGCUCUCUUUGAUCCAUCCAUACCUCCCUUUCUCGGGGAGAUGGAGAUUGAAAACCGUCAGCAUCUGUAAGUAGUUCGAUUCAAGCUUUUUGAUCAAUCUGAUGGUUUUUGUUUGUCAUCCUUUUUGAACUCCCACUAGGCAGGACACAUAGCAGUUUAAGUAGCUGCCUGCCAUCAUGAUACUUAGACAUAUCACGUAGCUUUGUAGUCUGGCAAUACUCGAGACAUUGCUACAACGGAAUUCUCGGUAGGCUGGGUUUGAAUCCGUACUGUUCCUGUGCUAAUGAAGAAUUCUGAAGAACACAGUACCCAAGCAAUUCAAUACUAGAAGGUAUAAACUUGAAUGGACCAA